UAUUUAUACAAAUAGAAUUUUGUUUUUUAUAAAAGUGACUUUGCAAUUGUAUUCAUUCAUAGCUAAUGUCCUAUAUUGUUUUUUGGAUGUUUAUUGAUAAUCUUAAUCAUUAUUUUAAUACAUGAUAGUUGUCUUAUUAUUUAUUUAUUUACAUGUAUUCGUUUCAAAUAUUUGGUGUUGUGACUUCAAGAGGGUUGCGCUUGUUCACCUCUGACCUCACCACUUCAGCUCGUGCGUGAUUCGACAACAAGCUCCACGUUGCUUGCAACAACACGAUGUAAACGUGCUGCAGUUGGACUGAUCAAAACUGCAGGAAUAGAAGUCUGGUGGUUCACUUCAAGGAUCCGAUUAAAUCAAGUACAUCUCUGGCCCCGCCCCUUCUGUGAAAAACAAAGGUAGUCAUUACGUGAGGUUUUUCAUGCGUUAUGACAAGAACUGGUGGCACUUCCUGUCUGAAGACCGAACUGCGCCCACACAGUCGCUUCCUGAAAAUGUGCGAGGAAUCACUUCAAAUGAAAGUGUCAGUCAGGCGUUUGUCACUCGCCAUGUCGCGGCUGUGACAUCCACACCGGCUCGUCUUUGCUGAUCUCCUAAAAUGGGCUUUUCUUCGGUGCUUCUGCUAGUGUCACUGUUGGCUCAGAGUGGAAAGACUAUCAAUUCUGGUGAAUGGCAGUGCAAUGCUGGUUCUCACUGCAUUACUACAAGGACAGCAGCUUGCGAGUGCAGAGCAUGUAAAGAGGGCACUUUCACAGACCGCGAAAACACGGCCAAAGAAUGUCAACGGUGUAGAAAGUGUGAAGGAUCCAAGAGACAGAUUCAAAAGUGCAACACCACCAGUGACACGGUGUGCGAGUGCACGGAUGAGUUCUACGAUGAGUCCGGGGCUGUCGACUGCAGGUUGUGUGGCCGAGUCUCAUGUGAAGAAUGUGAGAAAAAUGCAAACUGCUGGAGGAAGUGUAAUAUGAGCCGUUGUGUGUCCAAAGGAACCCCAGUAAACAACGUGAGCAAAACACCCUCACUGGAGCCUUCAGUUGUGUCAGCCACCCCAGCUGGAAACCCUGCUGGUCACUGGGCAUGGGUCGUGAUGCUGACGUCAGUGUUGGCGCUCUAUGGCUUUCUGCUGUGCACCAUCUACUUCUUUGGCCUGCGGUUCAAUUUGCGGACCUGGUGUGUGAAACAGAGUGUUAUUUCGCCCAGCGAGGAAACAUACGGCCCCCACAGUCUUCCAAGCAACUCUGCGAACACACUGGUGCUGACGCUGUCUGAAACAUCUCCCAUGAUGACACUGAGCCCCCAAGAUCCAGUCCCAGACGCUCCUGCCAGUGAGCCCAAAAUGUCCAGAGACCAGGCGUCAUUGGAGAAACUGCCACCAAAGGUCCUCUAUGACAUCAUUAAAGAGGUUCCUCUGCGCCGGUGGAAGGAGUUCCUGCGCCUGCUGUCGGUGACGGACCAGCAGAUGGACCGCGUGGAGGUGGAGGCAGGCUUGGGCCUGGACUACAUGGAGAAGCAGUACCAGAUGCUCAAGAUUUGGAAUGAAAGAUCGUCCUCCAAAAUCGAGGAGGUCUUCUCCGUCUUGCACUGCAUGAACCUGGCCAGCUGUGCCGAAAUGUUGAGGGAGAGCCUGAAGAGCACCCACUGGACCAACAUACCGACAGAACCUCAGACCAUUUGUUAAGACAGCGGACCUCACCCGUCUCCUUCUUCAGCACUUGAACACCGGGACCUCAGUCUGAAUCCUCAGACGUUUUCUGCAGCAUCAAAUCCCUAUUUAUAUUUUCUGUUAAGACCAUUUUUUUGCUUUAAAAUCCUGCCCAAAAUCCAGGAAGUGAUGUAUAAUAAUGUAUAUAUUAUUAUUUUUGGUUGUUCACAGUUUCUUUC